AUGAGCCAAAUGGAAAGUUUACCUCAUGCAGAUUACGACUUGCUUGCUAAAUGUCCUUUCACUGGCAGUCGCUGGGAGGCAAACAAUAGUUCAAACAAAUUAAAUGAGCUAUCUAUAAAAGUUGCCGCCAAUCGUUCCCAUCAUAGAUGGCACAGAUUUCCUUUUCGCUUCUUUUUCUAGGAUAUGCAAACUGUAUUUGAUAACUUCUCAGACGAGAUGCCAUUAGAAAAGUUUGGUAAUAGACGCCCAAAGGUCACACAUUGUGUUGGUGCUUGCUCAAAAGGGAGGUGGGUUAGUUAUGAUAAUCACAAUUACACAGGCAUUUUCUAAGGAAGUGAGGAGGGCUUGUUUCGUUUCAGUCUUGCAAAGCAAAUAAACCUGUGGGCUUACAAGGAUGAGUCUCCUUUUGGCCCGGGUUUAGCAAUCAAAUUUCCUCGCAGCAAUAUUCCCAGCGCAAAUAUGGUAUUUAUGGGGACCUCAGUCGGCAGACCAAGUAGCAACUUCUUCGAAUAUGAUCUUUCGACUCACUUACCUGCAAUAAACGAAAAUGACAAAAGUUUGAAUCCUGUGAAGCGUGCAAUCCCUAAAGCAUUUCGUAAGGCAUCAUCUUGGCCAAAUAUGUUGGGAUCCAGCGACUUUGCAAGCUUUGACAAGGAUGGCAUUGAAGCAAAGCCCCCCAUGUUUCCUUAUAGAAUACAUCUACAACCUAAUCAUGACCUUCUGCCUCUAUUUGCUCGAAGGAAAGAAGAAGUGAGCCUUGAGGAUAACUAUUAUUUAAAGCAGUUUGCUUCAUUGUAGAAAAAUACUAUUGUGUAUUACAUACUAGCUUAACCUACUCCUUUCUCAGAGUCGCUAAUAGGUCCCAUAGGACAUCUUGAAAUAACAGAAAUACCAGUGACAUCGCUUUAUGGAGAUACAAAACUUUUCUUCCGACACACACGCAUGGAAGAUGACUUUGCUCUACAUCCAGAAUGGAAGCUGGCUGCAAGCGAGAUUUAACAGUAUCAAGCCAGCUUAAGUUUUCCUUAUCACUAUCCAAACAUAUCUUCCCUGCCACUAUAGCUACCAAAUCACAAGGAAAAAAUGAAUGAUCUGGAUCAUUAGAUUUCUGCCCAGUUUGAAUGGCUUCCUAAAUAGCAUCCAUUAUUGAAGCAGCCCAGCAAUGUGCCCCCAACUCUCAAUGAGAUACCACCUAUAGAAAUAACUCUUGAAACAGAGCAUCGUAAAGCUUCCAUUACAAAAGUAGCAAACUAUGUAAAAAAACAAGUAUGGAAAAACAAUAAAAUGCUGCCUUUUCAAUUAAGCAAGGAUCCAUUUUAUCCCUGGCUUUUUGCUAUUCGAGGCAUGUAGGUGCCUUCAGUAGUUGGGGAAUGGAGAACUGAUAAAUCUUUUGCAAUGUAGAGGUUGUCAGGAUUAAAUCCAGGAUUUAUACGCAAAGUGCACGAAUUACCACCAAGGAUUGCUGCCCUUCUUCCAAGUGAUGUCAGCAUUGACUCUGUGUACGUCUGUGACUAUGAGAUACUCUAACAUUGCAAAUCACCUCCAGAGAGAUUUCUUGUCCUAUAACCAUUGGCAAUACAACUAGAUAGAAUAUCAGAGUCUCCACAUAUUUUUACACCUCAUGAUCCGCCAGGAAUAUGGUUGUGUGCAAAAAUUCAUUUUCAAACUGCAGAUGCCUGUUUUCACGUUUUUUGUUCACACUACGCUGAAACUCAUGCAAUUAUGGAGGCAGUUUAUGUUUCAAUGAGACGCAAUCUCAGCACUCAGCACCCACUUUUAAACCUUUUGAAACCACAUUUCUGGUAUACUAUACACAUCGGUGACAAUUCACGCAGGAAACUACUUGGUGAGGAAGGAAUCCUUCCAAAGUUUAUGGCUCCAGGAUUCUUAGGCCAGAAUACUCUACUUGAAGCUUGCCUAGAGCGUUGGUCUUUUAAAAACCUAGACUUCCCUAGUGUAUUGGCCGAUAGAGGAAUCUCCAAUAUUCCAGAUUAUUACUGGUGUGACGAUAGCAUGGAGUUAUGGAAUAUUAUCGGUCGAUUCAUUAACUCAAUCAUUAGUCUCAUAUACUAAUCAGAUAGUGAAGUAGCAAUGGACAUAGAAUUAGCAGCCUGGAUGAAUGAGAUAACCAAGAUGAUAGGAAAAGGCUUCAGAGACAUCAAGGGGCUUAAUUCAAAUGGAACUUUGUAGACAAGGGAGGAUCUUGCUUUUUUCUUGCAUUAAAUAAUCUUUAACGUCACUAAAUUAUAUUCCGAAUAUGCAACUUUUAAAUUGGACCCUCGGCGCAUGUUAGCCUAGGACGAUAUUUCAGAGAAAGAAAUUGCAGCUGCCUUACCAGCAACUAGUUAUGAGGGUUUGAUGCAAAUUGCUAUUGUAAGUAGCCUCUCAAUACCAACCUAACGCCCUAUUGGCAAAUAUGAAGCUGAUUUUCUCUUUGGAAUUUAAGGCAGUCAUAAAGAAAUUAUAAAGUUUCGUUAGGAUCUUCGUGAACUCUCACAACGUAUCAAGGUCCGCAAUAAGCACCUUAAUUUGAUGGGGAAACCUUCAUACAGUUACCUUGAUCCUGAUAGAAUUUCUCAGAGUAUUGAACUUUGA